AUGUGCGGAAGAUAUGCAUUGGCCCUGAUUGCUAGUGAGUUUGCUAAGCACGACUUGCAGCGGCCGUCCCAGAUCCGUCAGAUGCUUGAGGAAGACGGACUAGAAAUUGAUGAUGCACCAGAGGAUACCGGCGAUGGCGCCCCUCGAAGCAGCUAUAACUUUGCCCCAGGAUAUCACGGUGUUGUUUACCGUGCUAGUACAUCAGAUCAAAACACCACACGAGAAGAUGAACAAGGUGAGAAGCAGAACGACGCCGCUCAGGAUCCCAAGGACCCAAAGGACUAUAUCAAGUACAAGCUCCAGUCAAUGAAAUGGGGUCUUGUUCCUUCAUGGACAAGAAGGAGACCAGACUAUGGUUCCAUGUUAAAGACCAUCAACUGCCGUGAUGACUCCCUCAGCUCACCUGGAGGAAUGUGGGCCAGCAUGAAGACUCGCAAAAGAUGCAUCGUGGUUGCUCAAGGAUUUUAUGAGUGGCUCAAAAAAGGAAAGCAGAGGUUGCCUUACUACGUGAAACGGAAAGAUGGACAUUUGAUGUGCUUCGCCGGCCUUUGGGACUGUGUGCAUUUUGAAGGGACGGGAGAAACAUUGUAUUCAUACACAAUCAUCACCACAAGCAACAACUCAGAACUCAAGUUUCUUCACGAUCGUAUGCCUGUGAUCUUUGAUCCUAAUUCAUCGAGUAUGGCGACAUGGCUUGACCCAUCCCGAAAACAGUGGUCCGAUGAGCUGCAAGGACUUCUGAAGCCGUUCGAAGGAGAUCUGGAUAUUUAUCGAGUUUCUCAAGAUGUCGGCAAAGUCGGCAACAACUCACCCACCUUUAUCGUCCCAUUAGACAGCAAGGCGAACAAGUCCAACAUAAUGAACUUCUUCAAUGAUAACCACCAAGGGAAACAGAGGUCAUUGCAGCCAGCGACAGAUAAAGUUGUUCAAGCAUUAAAAGAAGAUAAGAAACCCAGUAUGACGUUUCAAAAAGAUGCGCAAUUGGUCGCUGAAGGAUCGAGAGCUGCAAAACGCAAGGCUGAAGAGAAUCUUGAUCUAUAUGAUGCUCCAGGGGGCAAUCCAAAGCGCCGACAUGCAGGCCUUUAA